AUGCACAAUUUCAAAGAUCUCGAUCGGGCAACUGAUGUGUAUAAGACUGAAGUCGAUUUCGGAAAAGUUGAAGUUUUCGGAGAAUACAUCAAAUAUUUACAGAACGGUCAUGGCAAGGGAAAGAGUCCAUUUUUCAAUCGAGACCCGGAUUCUAAACACAUUCAGACAGUAUUCGAAUUAGAAUGGUGCGAUGUUAUUUUGGGAAAUAAAGUUGAUGUCAAACUGAAAAUCACUUAUAAACCUAUCGUUGCGUUUCAAAAAAAUGUUGAAAUAUUUACAUACAUCAACUGUACCGGUCAAACAUGUCGGAUUACCCUCAAAGGGGAAGCAGUUGGACCUCUGUGUAAAGCUUCGACCAACAAAUUACUUUUUUAUAAAACGCAGUUCAAUGAGCACCUUCAAAGCAAAUUGGAAAUCACAAACGUUUCGUCAGUAAAUGCAACAUAUAAGUUCGAUCAAAGUUACAUCGAAGGUGGUCUUUUUGAAAUAUACCCCGCAGAAGGCACCAUUAAAGGAAAGCGGCACGCAUAUUUUACAUUGAAAUUUUUUCCGAAAAGAAGAGGGAUUUUCUCGGGGAAACUGUUCUGUCUCAUUUGGAACAGUAUUCCCAUCGUCGUUGAUGUCGUUGGUUUUUAUGGAAAACUAAGAAACGAAAAUACUAAAGAGGUCGAAUUUAAAUAUUAUAACGUUCCAAUUGAAUGUAGCGUCGGUUUUGGAGCCUAUCUAAACGAUAGUUUGCUAUUACCUUCCUCCCUUUGUCAUCCUUACAUAAAUUUUGGAAGAGUCUUGCAUAAAGAAAAAAACAACCAAACUCAAAUAGUAAGUGUAAUGAAUCGCAUGGUAGACGGAAUCGUUGUGGAGUGGUCUGAGGGAACAGAAAAUUUCACGAUAACACCAAAGAGAAUAUCAAUAUCCCCCAAUAGCUCGGCAGACUUCGAGUGCAUGUUUAAGACUACCGAGAAUCACAAUGUAUACAACCAUAACUUUGUGGCACAAAUCCAUUGGAUGGCUGAUGAGGUUCCAUCUGGAAUCGUUUCGGCGGUUCCACUUCUAGCAGGUGUGACUGCUCAAGGUCACUCCUUCCCGGAAAAAGAAGAAUGGAUGAGCUUCGUUAAAAUAACACCGGAAGUGCUCGUGUUGCAACCGUGUUUACCGGGCCAUACGUCGUGUGCCACAUUUAAAAUGGAAUGCAAGGGCCACUUGUCAAUUAUGUACAGUCUCGUGCCACCAAAGAAAACAGAUCUAAGAGUGAGGCCAAUGAUUGGAACAUUUAAAACGUUCGAGAUCAUUGCGGUACAGUUAAUUGCCAAAGAUAUGGAACCUAGAGUUUAUAUUGAAGAGUGGCAAAUUAUUAUAAACGGAAAAGAAGAUAGAGUUACAAGAAUUUACAUCCGUGGAGAAACGAGCAUUCCAAGCAUAGAAAUUGGCUCCGGAAAUAUAGUGAAUGCGGGCUACAUCCAAGAAGGUUGUCAGAAGGAUAUUGUAGUACCCUUAAAAAAUACAUCGUUACUUAACGUAAGUUUCUCGUUUGCCCUGGAAUUUAAUAAUAAUUUUUUGAAAAUGCACCCCAUCGAAGGCAAGCUAGCAUCCAAUGAAGAAAUCGAAAUUCACGUAACUUGCAUCGCAAGUAAUUGCGCACCCACAUAUAAGAGGCUUACGUGUUCACUGCGAGCCGUCGACGGAUUUGGGGCAAUUGUCGGAACGGCAUAUGAAACGGAAAUUGAUGUUGUCACGGAGAUCUCAUAUUCCCAGCUAUGUUCAUUUCCAAGCGAAAAAGAUUUCGGAGAAGUGCCUUAUGGCGCCAAACUUGAAUUCGAAUUCAAUGCAUUUAAUUUUGGCGAAACAAUCAUUCACUUCGCCGUAAACCAAGAUUCCGUCGACGACUACCACUUCAAUAUACACCCCAUGCAGGGAGAAGUGCCUCCAAAUUCGAAAAUAAAGUUUUUAUUUGAUGGGAAUGCCCAAAAUGUUGGACACCAAGAAGUCAUUGUCGAAUACGAAGAUAUAAUUGAAACACGCUCCUUAAAAACAUCUGGAAAAAAAAUUAAGCUAUUUCAAAUAAGCUUCAAUUGCAGCAUGUUAAUAAUACAGGUUGAUGAAAUUGUGGAACACAAUUAUGGACCAUUAUUUGGGAAGCAUCACUUUUGGGACUAUCUGCGCAUUGAAAGCAUGAACAAAGCUCUGAGUGAAAUAUCGAAUAGCAAAACUGAAAAAAUAGAAAUGCAUUUGCCGGAAUGCGAAAUGGGGAACAAAACCUAUUACGUGAAAAUUGCUCUGAAAAAUAUUACAAACGCCCAAGGCGAGAUAAAAAUUAAACGGAAACAAAUGUGUCAAUGCCAGUUAAAGGAAGUUGCGGACGCCACGUUUCAUCUGCGACGAAAAAAUUACGAUUGUCCUCACAGGGAAGUGGUCAACGUAGAAAUUUCAUCAAACAAAUUCUAUGAGAAAGCACCCCAACUACUAACAAUAACUGUUAAAAACAGUUUACCAAACGAGACCCGAAUGUGUUAUACUUUAGAACUGUGCAAUAGGAAAAAAAUUGAAUUGCACUUCACAAUUUUUGCGAUCCCACCAGAAGCCACAAGACUUUCCAGUUAUUCCUGUGAUUUUAAAAUGUUUCUCAAAAGUAUUUUUAUUGGAACAAGAGUGGCGCCAAUUCAAAUAUUUUGGUUGUACAACAAUACGAAAAAAUUGAUAACUUACGAAAUUGAACGAGAAGAAUUUGGAAGAAUUUGCCGACUGGACGGGUUCUCAGUUAUGGAUUGCGUUAAAUAUCAAGGUCAAGUUUUACCCUAUUCUCGCGAACCGUUAAUGAUUAGAUUUCAUCCCAUCGAAGCCAAGGUCUAUAAAGUAUCGACAACCCUGAGCUAUAGAUAUGCAGAAGAAUCCGCAAUAAGUGAAAAUUUUGCAGUAGAAGGAAUAGGUUACUUGGAAGCAAAAAAAGAGACAGAAAAUAAUAUGCCCCUCACAUCUAAUAGCACCUUUACCAUCGACUUUCCGGUUACAGUUUCCCGUAAUUCUAUUGAAUACAAAAUAAUACCGAUAUGGAACGCCUCAAAGGAGAUAAUUUUCAUUAAAAAUAACUCAAGACGUGACACGUUUCAAUACUUUUGGGGCAAAGCAAAAAUCGAUGAUGUUGUUGAGGUUGAUGUUGAAAGGAGUUACGGAAUUUUAAAGCCAAAAGAAUUACAUCCACUGCUAAUUCGCAUUAAGACACAAAACGAACCGUGUAUAACUAACUUGUUACUACCAUAUGAAAUUAUUAAUUACACCAAAUUAAUAAUGCAUCAAAAAGCGCAGGAAAAAUAUCAAGAAAUGCAAAUGAGGAUUAAAAAUGAAUUCACGAUUACGGACAAUAAGGUUGAAAAACCUAAAAACCCUAUAAACGUCCCACAAAAACCAGAAGCCUUUGAAACAACAAUCAAUUUGAAUAUUAAUAUUGUGCACACCGAGGAUAUGGACAGUUUUUUAAGUGCAACAGAUCAGUCUUCCUUUGCACCUGUACAAUUACAAAUUGAGAAACCUUUAUAUGCACCUAUAAGAUUCAAUAAAGACCAUACAGCGUUGGUCAGUUUUGAAAAUAAUUCAAUAUUCAGUCAAGUUUUGGAAGAGAUUAUCACAAAAAUCAGUUCAGACACCAAUGCCUUACUAUUUUGAAUUUAUAUCCCAAGAUAGCAGCAGAGAAAGCAGACUUUUAAAACCUAUAGCAGCAAAAGAUGCCAGUAGGAAAUUUGAAACACUUCUUCAACAGCCCACCAGAUGUGACCUCUCAAAAAUUUUAGAGA